AUGAAGACAAUCUUGUUACUCGGAGGCAUGACGCCUGAUGUCACAGCCCUUUACUACAACAAGAUCAACACAUCUGUGAGAGCCCAACUCGGAAAACGCACAGCAGCCCCGCUAUACAUGUAUAGUGCGAACCUGGAAGACAUGAUCCAAUAUGCCAUGAAAGGCGACUGGUCAUCUUUCGCGUCAACAUACGAAGAGCCCAUCAAUCUGCUGGGAGAAAAAGUUGACGGGGUCGCCAUCUGCGCGAUUUUGGCACACAAGGUCGCUGCGCGCUUAUCGGAUGUUGCAGCAGCUUCCAGCAUCCCUCUUCUCCACAUCACAGACUUCCUCGCCACCUACAUCACAACGACCCAUCCCGGAGUGAGGAGGCUUGGUUUACUCGGUCCCAAAAUCUCUAUGUUGGACUCUCAGGACCCGGACUUUUUCGUCGGCCGUUUGCAAAGCACUAGCUGUGGAUUUCAGGUCAUCGUUCCUGAGACAGAGCAGGAUAUUGAGGAAGUGAACAGAGGUAUGCUGGAAGAAGUUGCCAAGGGAGUCUCGUUUGUUACAACAUCAACAAAAGCCAUGUUCAUCAACCAGGCAAAGAAGCUCGUUACUAGAGGGGCCCAGGUCAUCAUUCUGGGGAGCACGGAUCUUGGCUUUGUUUUAAAGCAGGAAGACCUUGGGAAUGUUCCUGUGAUUGAACCAGCAGCCGCACAUGCCGAAGGACUAGCAAGAUGGAUUUGUGGCGAUACCAAAGUUUGA